GGCGAAGCUGCUUGUCGCUUGAGAGCGAUCCCUAAAUAUUGCUUCGGUUGGCGCACAGCCCAGUGGGACCCUCUUCCCCCCAACAUUGUCGUGUCACAAUUUGUAGCUGGGCCUGUCUUCGCAAUCGAUUCAUCACUCGCCCAUUCUAAUCCACAACCCCUCUCAUCCACAUCCAACCCUACGGUGAUCGUUCAGGGAAGAAGCACCAACAAACAAGGGACCCAGCUGGAAAUGUCCACUGCACCAGGGCUCGCCCAUUCUGUGCCUCCCCUCCAGACUGGCUCUAAGUGCUGUUCGCGAUGCGGAAAGGACUUUCACCUCUUUCGCCAAAAAAAGCACUGCUACAACUGCGGAUCUCUUGUCUGCGAGAGCUGCAGCAACUACAGGGCGAGGCUGCCCCAGUUCGGCUACGUUGAAGAGGUUCGCUGUUGUGCUUACUGCGCGCACUUUUUGCAAGUGUCAAAGAUGGAUUACGCAGCGCUAUCGAAACUGAAUAUCAAGACGCUGCGAGGAUAUCUUCUAUCUUACAAUAUACCAACUCAGGGCAUGCUGGAGAAACAGGACCUGGUUCGAGCUAUUCAGAGCCACAAGCCCAUUCCGGAGGCAUCGGAGGUGUACUUUCGACGACAUCUCCCGCCCACUCCAGACAAGUCGUCUUCGUUUUUCGAAGAACUAACAGGCAUUGGCCGAUCUGAUUCGCCUUCGGGAUCUUCGCAGGGAUCGUCGUCGUCCAACUCUGGGGAAGGCUGGUCAUGGGAUGUCGACAAAUUCUUUUCGAAACUCUUUGGCGGGGACGAUCGACAGUCCAAUUCAUCAGGUCGGACAAGGCAGAGCCGUUCCCACUCGCAACCGCACCCACCUCAGCAAACACAGCCUCAGCCCUACACUCAGCCCCAACAACAGCGUCAGUCUCGACCCGCCCCAGCGGAUUACAGACCACAGCCCCAGGUACCUCGACCAGCAAAUGCAGGAGCAACACACCCCAAUGUAUCCUAUCAACAUCCAGGAUUCUCAUACAGGACACCUGCAUACGAUCCGCCUCCAAUUCGAACGUCUAUACAGAGACCAAGCAGUCAUCCGCAGACUUUCAAUACGUCAUGGACACCUCAACCUUCCCGACCCACAGUGGCGACCAGCGUUCCACGAACUACCUCAGCCUCUCGGCCUCCACCUUCACCAGCACAAAGCAUGCCAAGAACUGUACCAACACCAAGGCCCUCAGCAGCAACCAGCGCACCACGGGCUCCAUCAACCCCUAGGACUACACCAGUUGCCAGUAGUGCACCAUCAAGCUCCCAACGUCAGACACCUCUAUCACCAACCUUGACGCUUGAGCAGCUAAUGUCAUCUCAGACCAAUCCCUCGACACUUUCAAUCAAGACCAUCAAAACGAUUCUGGACGACAGUUUUGUGACAUAUGUGGGCGUUGUUGAGAAACGGGAUCUUGUAGAGAGGUUGCAAAAGCUAAUUGAUAACACCAGGGCAGAGCAGGAGAUGGUACAGGAACAGGAGGCGGCAGCCGAGUCCAAAAAGGUUUCAGAGUCUUCCAAAGGACCGUCAGGCGGCGGCUCGAGUGAGGAUGACAAUUUGUGCAAGAUCUGCUGCGACGCAGCACUCAACUGCGUGAUGCUCAAUUGCAACCAUAUGUCGACAUGCAUGGAUUGUGGAAAGCUGAUCAUGGAGGGCUCAAGGAUGUGUCCGAUAUGUCGCGAAUACGUUGUGCGCUUGCUUCAUGUAUUUCGGGCAUAGAAUAGGAACUAAAAAAAACGAAUAAAAAGCUGAGCGAAAUCCGCACAUCUGCGCACCUAUUACGUUACCGAAGUGGCUUCUAAGCGUCGCAUACGACAUGGGAAAUCAUCAGGGGGAGUGU